AUGCCCGCCGAAACGCCGCCUGGAGCUUCUGCUUCUCGCCAUUCGAGGACCUCUUCCCUCUUCCACACUUCUUGGCACUUCCCAGGCCCCUCGAGCCGCUUCAACCAGCGAGAGCGCACCCGCGACCAAGCCCCAUUGUCGCAACGGAGCUACACCAGCGCAUCACCCGUCCUCGAGACAGCGACGAGAGCGAAACACCGACGCGCGCAGAGCAGUGCGACAAUCCCUACCCUACGAUCGUCGACGCUGUCCAGUCCGACUCCUGCGCGACGCGCGCAUCCGCUACAUCGACAUUCGAGCUCGCAGUCCGUGAGUUCCUUGCGCAGCAUGGCAACCUCCAGCUCUCGCGGCCCCGUCACGCCGUCUAUGAAGCGUCCGGACUCGAAGCUCCAGGACUCGCCGUUCAGCGACUACUUCACCGACGAUGGACGGUCACCUACGCCGAACAAUGCUUCUAGUGCGCCUUCGCCCGAAACGCAGCAAUUGUUAGUGCGACUUGGUAGACUGCAAUCGCAACUCAUGCGCGGCGAGUCGGAGAACGAGCGCGAAACUGUCGCGAUUGUGGGUCGGAAAGUGCAAGAGAUGGAAGGGCUGCUGGACUCGGUACACUCGCAGACGCGGCCGCCCGUCGAAUUAGAGGACUCGGGUCUGUUCAUGGAGGAGGACGAAGAGGACGAAGAGGACGAAGAAGAAGAAGCGAAGGACGACAACGAAACCCCACUCGCCAACGCCAAAGCGCAACAGCACACCUCCGACGACAUCUUCACCCCCGAAAACCGCCAAGCCGAACACGACUUCCUCAUCCUCGAAGCCCAGCGCGUCCUCACCAGCAUGCGCAAACUCGAAUCCAACCUGCGCACCCGCCACGCCGACCUCGAGGAGCUCCACACCCGCUACACCACGCACGUCUCGGAAGUCGAAACGCGCCUGGACACUCUAGAAGAGGAAGCAGAAUCCUUGAUCUCGAACAACGAGACGCUCAAGACGGAGAACGCGGCGCUCAAGCAGGAUCUCAGGUUCGAUCAGACGGAGCUGCUAUGGUUGAAGAUGCAGCUUAAGGUGAUUGAGGCGGAAGUGCAGGCUUCCGAGGACGGGGCGAGGAGGUUAGAGGGGUAUGCGCCGGAGUUGCGGGAGGAGAUUCAGGAUGUUAAGAGGGAGCGGGUGGCCGAGAUGAUCAGGCGGUGGGAGGGGGAUUGGGAGGUUGUGAGGAGGAGGAUGCGGGGGCGGAGGAGGGUGUAUGAUGUUUUUGCUGAUGAGGUGGAUGUGGAAGGCAGUGAUGAAGACGAGGAAGAGGUCGGGGAGGGGGAGAUGAACUGGCAGCUCUCGACCGCAAAGCACAGUGAUGGGAGGCUUCACAGCAUCACCAUCACGCGCUCCUCCGCCAACACAGACGAAGACUCCACCGACGACGUUGACGAACCCUCAGAUGAGCCCCCGCAACCCUCGGAACCCACUCUCUCCAUCGCCUCCAACCUCCUAGUCAUCGAAACCGCACCCACCGCCCCUCCGCCCGCACCCCCAUUCAUAUACGCCGACCAAGCUACGCAAACCUCCCGUCCCCAAUCCCCAGCCUCAUCAGCGUCCGCGAGAUCGACGUCAAGCUGGCUCUUCGCCUCCGAGUACCAGGCCGAUCACUCUCCCCUUCCUGGUCCUGGCCCUGGAGCUGGAGCCGGAGAUAGAGGUGGCGAGGAGUGCGCCAUCACCACCGCCUCGGAAGCGGAAGAGGAUAGCGAGAGCUACGAGUUUGACGACGGCUACGGCGCGACUGCGUCUGGCGGAAAGGGCGGUAAGAAGGGCGGUGGGGAGGGAGGAGGUAAGGGAGGCGUGAAGACGGCGUGGCAGGAACUCUGGGCGGGACUGACGAGUUUGGCUGGGCUGGAAGUUGGGGAGGAGGAUGAGGGGUAG